AUGUUUCGAAGGAAAUUUCCGAAAAAAAAAUCACUUCUCACGCAGUCAGCUUUGCAGUCAACGAUUUUGAGUUCGGAAAUUAAAAAUGUUAACAACACAAGCUUGGUUGUAAACGAAAGUGAAACUGAAUUACCCAAAGAACUCACAUCGGUUCUAUUAGAAGAUGAAAUUAACUUUGACUUGAAUAGAGAAAGUACAAGUUUACUCAACUCGAUAUCUCAAAAAACUCAUUCAACCCCUAAAAUUAGUAAUGGAUCAGACAACAAAAAUAAUGGUAAUGGUAAACCAACAAAAAAAAUUUGUGUUACUGAAAAUGACAUUUCUUAUUUUGAACAAGUUCUUUUAAAAUGUGGAGCUUUACCACUGACUGGGAGUUCAUCAUAUUUAAUGUCAGAAGAUCAAGCCAUUUUUUCCAACAAAAUUGAUGAACAGUUAAGUAAAAGUCCUGAAGAUGUUACACUGUUUUUAACAUGCUUCAAAGAAAAAAUUAAAAGUACCGAGAGUUUUGAAAAAAUGUUAAUGCCCACUUUGACUUCAGAGGAUUGUAAAAGAGCAAGGGGCCCUGUUCAGGAAUCAUUAAUUCGCAUGCUACUGGGUGUUAACAGUAUACAAAAUCAAUUAUUAAGUAUACUUAUUGAAAAAUUGAAGGAAGUUACAUUGGAGGAAAAUAAUGAAAACAUUCAGAUAAUUUCUCUGAUUCUUCGACAAAUGAGAUUCCUUAAUCCGCCAAAAGAAAAUAAAUUAUCAAAGCAACUUUUUGACAUAAUUCAAAAAGCAUCAAUUAAGGUUCAAAGAGAAAUUAUUUUUAUGCUUCCAGAAAUUAUUUCUCAAGAUGAAAUUAAUGAAACUUCAUUGCUAUUAAUAGAAAUGAUAAAUUGUGAGGGAGGAUUGGUCAAUGUGAUAAUAGAUUCCGUUUCAAAUUUAAAUCUGAAAAAAAAUGAAAGGACACAAGUUCGAAACAAAUUAAUCAGCAAACUUGAUGAAUAUCCAUCCGAAGGUUUGCCUUCUUUGGUUCGUUUUAUUUUAAAAAAAUGCGAUGAUGAAGAACUUUUCCGGGCCAUCAACGGUAUUCGCGAAAAGUUAUCAUUUGGCCACAGCGAUGACCAAACCUUAAAAGAAGAAAAUGAAAUUAAAAACGCUCACAUGAAAUUAACAUUCGAAGUUUUAAAAUUUUCGGUUACGACGUCAAAACGCGUAAUGGACACUUGGUUGAAAAUAAUUUCUUCUGUACAUUCUCCUUCAGAAUUCAGAUGUUUGGAUUUAAUUAUUAUUAUUAUCAUGUAUAAUGGUUUACAAAAUAUGAAAAAUAGGGUAUUAACUAUAGCUCGUAAAAAGAUAAAAAGUGGGAUUUUAGGAGAGAUUCAUUUGUCGAAAACAUUUGAAGAAUUCACAGCAAUAUUAGGGGAAUACUUUUCACCUAUUUUAGAAAUCGGUUCAAUUUUCCUUAAAUCAAAUCAAGAUUUUAUUGUCCAUUUUGGGUGUGUCAUUUAUAAGAAAUGUUUCGCUCAUUUCUCGUUUUUUAUAAAAAAAUCAGUGAUAAAUGAAAUUUUACAACACAUCGGAUCGGGAUCUUCAGCGAGUGUUACUGCAUCCCUUAACAUUCUCGAAAGCCUUUGCCAAGAUUUUAAAGAACUUCUUAGCCCCCACACAACUUCUAUAUUGGGUUAUUUAAACUCAAUAGCACUCCAUUUGAACUCGCACCAAAUUCGUCGUUUAGUUGAUAUUGUGUCUGAACUUAUUUCUUACGAAUCUUCCGAAAAUAAUAAAGGAUGGCUUGACGAAAUGCAAAUGUUUAUUUGCAAGCAACUGUCGUCAAAUAAUUUUGAAAUAUACAACAAGGGUGCCAUUGCAGCGGUAAUAUUUGCUAAACACGUAGGAAAAAAAAAUCAAACCGAACAAGAAUACGAACAAAUCAAUAGUUUAUUGGAAAUGGCAAUGGGAAGUGUUGGAAGCAACGAAACCAAGAGAUUACUAUUCAAUGAUGAAUUUGCGGAUAUGAUUCUCGAUUCAGAUUUAAAUUCAACAUUUUCAAAAUACUGGUGUGAAAAAUUUGAAAAAAUAGCCAAAAGUUUUUUGUUUUGUACAAAAUUAGAUGUUGGUGCCGAGGAUGAAAGUGAAAUUGUUUUCCCAGUGGUAGAUUUUAUAGCAGCUCUGCAUUCCGAGGAACAUACCGUUCCUAUUGUGGCGAUACCAUCGAGUUUAAAGUUACUUUGGUGUUGUGAAAAAGACAUAGAAAAAAUAUUAAAAUUUUUCAACGCUCCUAUUAUUAUGCCGGUAACAACGGUUUUUGAUAAUUUUCAAUAUUUAGAUGACAAUAAAAAGAAAAAAAUAAUGGAUUCCUUGUUUCUUUGUUUUAAUUACAUGGUGGAAUGCAUUAACGCGUUUUGUUCUCAUGAUGAUUUAGACAGGGCAUUUUUAAGGUUAAAUCAACUGAUUGACGUGUACAAACUCAUUCAACGACACUAUAUCUUAUUGACGAAUUAUUCACCGCCUAAAUUUAAUUAUUACCCUGCAGUUAAUAAAGUGAUUAAAAAAAAAACCGAAACGAUAUUGAAAAAAGGAAAAAAGAGAAAAAUUGAUGGGACAUCUUCCGACUCGCAAAAUCCUCAAUCUGUUCCCGAAACUCAAAUCGAAACGGUUUCAAAUGAAAUACAAUCAAAAAUUGAAUCGAAACAUAUAAAUGAUAUUAAAGUGGAGGUCGAUCAAUAUUUCAGAAGUUUACACAUUACCUGUUUAAAAUUAUUAGCUAUCGAUUUAAUUAACGAUUCAGAAAUAAAUACCGUCGAGUGUUUAUUUUUGCUUGAAGAUUUGGUUAAAAAAUCCGAACAAAUAUUAGUAAAAGAAAGUAAAAACGUGUUUUUUAAAAACGGCCAUUUCAAUUUUCAUCCUAGUCAAUCAAUUCGGCAAAAAUUUUUAACGAUCAUCAUUGAAAUUUUGCCCGCGUUAAAAAAAAAAAUCGAUGUUUGGUCGUCAUGUUGUUUUGAAUUAUUGAAAGCAAACGAAGGAGUCUACGACGGUCCGGGAAUGUUUUCAAACGAUAUUCAAUACGUGAAACUUGCUUUGGCUACUACGUUAAAAUUCUUGUCCGAAUUAUUAUCUUGGCAAGGAUUUAAAAAGGAUACGUACAAAGAGCAACUUAAAAAGAUUGAUGAAUCUGCGAAUACAAUUAUUGCUCAUGGAGCUGCCGAUUAUCUCACGGGAUUAAACAAAAACAUUUUUAUCUUCAACGGAGCCUUAUGCAUAGUGAAAGCAGUUCGAAAUUGUUAUAGUUUUUUUUCUUCCGGUGGUGAAUCUCUUGAUGCCUUAUCUUUUUUGUGCUUAGACUUAUUACGACGACCUUGGUUUACCGUAGAAGGACUCCGAGAAAAAGGUUCUGUAUAUAAUCAACAGAUAUUUUAUUUACUUACAAAUCAUUUUCAAUACGCAAACGAUCAACUCGGUGCGAUUAAAAAAAUUUGUAAAAUAGGAGUGAAUGAAAUUAACACAUUAAAAGAAAACGAUUGUUUUAUGGUAACAUUUCCCACCGUGCACAGGUCAAAUUUUCCUUUGCUCUAUCGUGCCAUGUGCGAAGCUUUGACAUUGGGUGCGACAAAAGAACUGACAAAAAGUUUUGAUCAUCGCGUACGACUUAAUAAUUGGAUCGCUAUAAUCGACAUUUUGGCUGAUUUUGUGACAAUUGUUAAAAAUCACACAUCACGAAUAAGUUUAGCUGCUUUGUUAAAGUGUUCUCAGUCUGUGUUGAAUCUUUUUUUCGAGAGCGGAAUGCCUACCGUGGAAAUAAUGUUAAAAACUGAUUUGGUCGAUAUCACGAACGACGCUCUCGUGGCGGCCCACGUACCUAACAUAAGAGCCCAAUGCGAAAGGUUGACAUUAGAGGUCAAAGGAAUGUUAAUCAUGAAUGACGUACCCGGAGAAUGCAUCACUAUCGGAAUUUUAAAAAAUAAAGAUCUCGAGGGAAACGAUAUUUUAUCACAAAAUGCGACCAACAGCAGAAGAAAUAGCACUAGUAGUAGUAAUAGUAGUAGUAAAAGUAGUGUCAACGAAUCAGAUUCGGAAUUGCCCGAUUACGAUUUAAAUGAAGCUCUAUAG